AUGAGGCGCAGAGGCCCGGAGGAGGAGGCCUGCGGCGUGUGGCUGGACGUGGCGGCGCUGAAGAGGCGGAAAGUACAGACACAUUUAGUCAAGCCAGGCGCCAAACUGCUAACACUGUUUCCUGGAGAGAGAGAGCCUAAGAUUUCCUUUACUCAAAGAACAACUCCAUCUGCAGGCAUCCGGCAGACCAACAUUGCUUCCUUCUUCACUUUGCAGUCAGGAAAAACAAAUGGUGGUGACAAGAGGAACGUUCCAUCUCUUAGAGAGAGACAGAACAACGAAGAUGCUAAAGCUAUGCAUCAGCUACAUCACCCAGUCGAGGGCAUAGGGACCCCGCUGGCCACUUCAACCCCUGCGGACAUCCACGAACCUGGGCUUUCUCUUCAUUCCCUCCAGGCUUCUGGCCACCACAGAACGGGGACCCCAUUUUUGACUGCGCUGCCUUUGUCGGAGCCUGACACCUUAGUCUGUACUGGGAAAAGUAAAGCUUCACUGGCUUGUUCCUUCACCCAAGAUUUGGAAAGUUCUUGUGCUCUGGACCAAAAGGAGGGAGAGAUGGAGUCUUCUCAGAAAAGGAAAUGGCUUCAUAGGUACAAGGAAAAGAACUGUCAGGGUGUGGAGAGACAAAUUAUACCUCCUAGGUGCAAGGACUAUCAACUUUUGGACAGGACGAAAGUAGAAAAAAUGUCCAUCAAAGAAAAUAGGCAGGCCCCUGUUCUUACAACACAUGGGGACUCCUGGAGUGGAGAAAACACAGAAUCAGCAAAACAAAGCCCUUGUCCCAUCUCUGGGUUUACCUGGGACAGUGAAAACAAUAGGGACUGCUGGAGCCAGCUUUUCACUGAGGAUUCUCAGGGCCAGCGGGUCAUUGCUCAUCAUUCUAGAGCUCCUUUCCAAGAUGUAACCAACGUCCAGACUCAGGGCGUCGGGCAGUCUCCUGACAACCUUCAGGCUCAACACCAGGAUAUGUCCACUCAAUUAAAUCCACAUUCUGAUUUGCUCUUUACCCAGGAUUCUGAAGGUAAUCAAGUCAUUAGGCACCAAGUCGGAAUGCAUUUUUGAAGGCUUCAUUCUAAAAGUACCUUAGAAUGACUGACAUAUAGGGAAAUAUCUUGGGGUGGUUAAGUGUGGGUGAGAGGGAGGCAUGGGAUGAAGCUGUCGUUGAGUGCUUUCUUCAUGGAAACAAGCUAGAUGGUGCCACCUCUUAGGGCAAUUUGGCCUUAUGUCUUGCCCUGAGGAAGAGAUGGUGGUUAAGUUCACUGACUGAUCCAUAGUGAGCAGUGAGGCAGGGCAGGUACUUAGCUCUCCAUUACUCAGUUUGCACAAGGGCUACUGCUUUGCCCUUUAGAUUUAGGAGGGCGGGGGGAGUGGGUGGGGAAGACUGGGACAGUGUUUAAGGAUGUGUAUUUAACCUAGCAGUAAUCUUAUCCACACACCCUAAACCUAGGCCAUCACUCCUGGUAACUGAGAGAUGAGGCAAGUCUCCUGGACCCAGAUGUACAGGGGCAGAGAGGUAGGUAGAACGAUGGUAGGGUUUUGUGGUAAUUUUAUUUUAAAUUCAUACACUGUUUAAACAUCUCUCUAGAAAUACAGCAAUCUAGAUGUGAUUAGAUCACUCUUCUACAAGGUUGGAGAGAACUCCCUUUGUAAAACUGAAUCCAAAUAAAUGACUGUUUACAAAGCUGGCUCUGAUGGUAAUUAAAACAUUACCAAUUUUAUUUUUGAAAAAGGAACAUUUUAACAGUCUGCUGUCAUUGUCUUGGGCCCAAUCUCAGCAUGAAUCUAAUUUGACCUGUGUUCUACCUGAUGUGCCACCACCAGGUGGCAGCUUCCCGUGUUGCAGGUGUGGUAUGGAAGAGGCGCUUACACAGCUUUCAAGUUAUAAGAUGGAACUGCUUUAAGAGCAUAGGGCAGAAUCUUUACAUAAAUGGACAAGAGGCUCCCUUGGUAAGUUUUCUCUUAUGAAGGCAGGAACUUGUUUGUAACAGUAUAUCUUUAACAGCAGUCUUAUAGCUGGGGGCAGAAUAUACUGGGUGAUCACAACUCAGAGAUGGACACAGCAGAGCUCUCCAAGUGCUUUCUUUAAUGUCAGGUAGUGCUUCAACCCAAACACACAGGAUACAUACUGUAGAGAACGGGACCUGAGGGCAUCUGAGUCAUGCAUGGUGUGGCAGG